AUGUCACUGGCAAAAGACUUGAAUUUACCAAUCAAACAUGCUAAAACGGUAUUACCUUCUACCUGUGUAGAAGUACAUGGUAUUAUGAUUGAUACCAAGUCAAUGAUCGCCAAACUUCCUCAGAACAAAGUUCAAGCCCUAAGAUCCUUACUUAACAUGUACAGGAAACAAAAGAAAGUCACUCUAAGGGAAUUGCAAUCAUUAUUAGGUCAUUUAAACUUUGCUUGUAGAGUCAUUAAACCGGGUCGUUGUUUCUUACGACGUCUAUAUGAUAAAACUAUGGGCAUAAAUAGUAAACAUCACUACAUCAAAUUGAAUAAUGAUUGCAGGGCUGAUAUUCAAUUGUGGCAUGAAUUCAUUCAUGAUUACAAUGGUUGCACUCUUCUUACCGGGGACAGAUUUAUAUCAAAUCAAACUAUGAAUCUAUUCACAGAUUCAGCCGGUUCUAAAGGCUUCGGAAUUGUUUACUCAAAUGAAUGGACAUUUGGCUGUUUUCCACUUCAAAUCCAACAGCUCCAUAUCAAUAUCUUAGAGCUCUAUCCAAUAGCAUUAGCAGUUGUCAAAGAAGCCCUUCAACUCGCUCCUCAUCUAAACAAAUGCCCAGCAGCCAUUCCAAACACAAAUAAGUGA